ACAACAGCAACUCCAACCACAACCACAGCUACUCCAACCACAACCACAGCAGCUCCAACCACAACUACAGCAGCUAAAACCACAACAACAGCUGCUACAACCACAACCACAACAGCUCCAACCUCAACCACAACGGCUCCAACCACAACAACAGCGGCUCCAACCACAACUACAGCUGUGUCAACCACAACCACAGCUGCAUCAACUACAACCACAGCGGCUCCAACCACAACCACAGCUGCUCCAACCACAACUACAGCUGCUCCAACCACAACCACAACGGCUCCAACCACAACAACAGCUACUCCAACCACGACAACAGCUGCUCCAACAACGUCAACGGCUGCCCCAACCACAACCACAACCACAGCUGCUCCAACCACAACCACAACAGCUCCAACCACAACAACAGCGGCUACAACCACAACCACAACAGCUCCAACCACAACCACAACGGCUCCAACCACAACAACAGCUACUCCAACCACGACAACAACCACAACUACAGCUGUGCCAACAACAACCACAGCUGCAUCAACCACAACCACAGCCGCUCCAACCACAACUACAGCUGUGCCAACCACCGCGGCUCCAACCACAACCACAACAGCUCCAACUACAACUACAGCUACAGCUGCUCCAACCACAACAGCAGCUAACACCACAAGAACAGCUACUCCAACCACGACAACAGCUGCUCCAAUCACGACAACAGCUGCCCCAACCACAACCACAACCACAGCUGCUUCAACCACCACCACAACAGCUCCAACCACAACAACCACAGCUGCUCCAACCACAGCAACAGAUGCUCCAACCUCAACCACAACGGCUCCAACCACAACAACAGCUACUCCAACCACGACAACAGCUGCUCCAACCACGACAAUGGCUGCCCCAACCACAACCACAGCCACUCCAACCACAACUACAGCUGUGCCAACCACGACAACAGCUGCUCCAACAACGUCAACGGCUGCCCCAACCACAACCUCAACCACAGCUGCUCCAACCACAACCACAACAGCUCCAACCACAACAACAGCUGCUCCAACCACAACCACAACGGCUCCAACCACAACAACAGCUACUCCAACCACGACAACAGCUGCUCCAACAACGUCAACGGCUGCCCCAACCACAACCACAACAGCUCCAACCACAACAACAGCUGCUCCAACCACAACCACAGCUGCACCAACCACUACCACAGCGGCUCCAACCACAACAACAGCGGCUCCAACCACAACCACUGCUGCACCAACCACAACCACAGCUGCACCAACCACAACCACAGCCGCUCCAACCACAACUACAACUGUGCCAACCACCGCGGCUCCAACCACAACCACAACAGCUCCAACCACAACCAAAACCACAGCUACUCCAACUACAACAACAGCUGCUAAAACUACAACCACAGAAGCUCCAACCACAACCACAGCUGUUCCAACCACAACCACUGCAGCUGCAACCACAACCACAGCGUCUGCAACCACAACAACAGCAGCUUCAACCACAACAACAGCUACUCCAACCACAACGGCUAAAACCACAAUCACAACAGCUCCAACCACAACCACAGUUAGUCCAUCUUCAACCACAGCGGCUCCAAAAACAACGACAGCUGUCUGCUCCAACUGCAACCACAGCGUCUCCAACCACAACUACAGCUAUGCCAACCACAACAUCUUCCCCAACCACUACAACAGUAGCUCCGACAACAACAACAGCAACUCCAACCACAACCACAGAAGCUACAACUACAGUACCUCCAACCACAACAACAGAGACAACAACAGAGGCUCCAACCACAAAUACAGUACCUCCAACCACAACCACAGCUUCUCCAACCACAACACCUGCACCAACCACGACAACAUCUGCUCCAACAACAACUGCAUCUAUAACAAUUUCUACAACAAAGAGGAUCAGUUAUCAACACGCUGGACCUCGAAUUUCAAGCAACAGAUGUUCCUAACUCCAACCACAGCCACAGCUUCUCCAACCACAACACCUGCACCAACCACGACAACAUCUGCUCCAACAACAACUGCAUCUAUAACAAUUUCUACAACAGCAGCAACUACCGUUAGCACAAAUGAGAUGAGAGUUUUCCGCCGGAUGAACUUUAGGUCUCCUACUGAUACCUUUACCAACAAUCUUGAAAUCAAGUCUUCAGAUUCUUUCAGCCAACGAUCCCAACUUUUGUGGAAUCGUCUUCAUCCCCUCUACAAAGAAGCAUUUAGGUCAUUCUUGGGAAUGAUUAUUAUCUCAUUCAGAAGAGGAUCAGUUAUCAACACGCUGGACCUCGAAUUUCAGGCAACAGAUGUUCCUAGUAAUCAAGCAAUCGAAAAUGUUUUAAUCAAUGAGGCACCAAAAAUAACUGAAUUCUCGGUGGAAGCGUCAUCGGUUAUUGUUGGAGACUUAGUUCCUUUAACAACAAUAACAGCUGCUCCGACCACAACUUCACCAACCAAAACCACAGCUACUCCAACCACAACAACAGCGGCUACAACCACAACAGUUCCAACCACUACAACAGCUGCUCCAACC